GAAUCUUCAAUAAUGUUUCGGAUGAAGACAAAAAUCGUAAUAUACCUAAUAAUAUACCUAAUAUACCUAAUAAUACAUAUAAUAUAAUAAUCGUAAUAUACCUUCCUUAACUGCUCUGAUGUCAUUGAAAGCUUGUAAAAUCUAACCAGCUGAUAGAGACUAAUAGUUCAGAAAUAAUCCACCUUGCAUUCAUGUUUUUCAAUUUCAAAUAUAUGCUGCGUUAAAAGUAUUUCUCUAAAUAGUGUUUUUUUCUUUUAUAAAUUGUGGAAAGGUCAUUUAAAUCACUUUUCCAAGCUCAAAGAUGUUCGACCUAGCGAGGGAAAGCUCUUAUCCCACACCCCUUGCUCACUCGGCCUUUCUUCCACUCAUGCUCAUGUCUCUAGCCUCUCAAAAGAAUUCGCCAUCUCCAACUCGAACUCCGAAUUCCAUUCGUUCGGAAUACGAUUACAUCAUAGUUGGUGCUGGAUCUGCGGGUUCCACAGUCGCUGCCCGUCUUUCUGAAUUACCAUGCGUAACCGUAUUACUGUUGGAAGCUGGUAGAGAUCCACCGCUUUUAAAUGAUAUUCCAGCAUAUGGGUUGAAUUUCUGGUUUUCAGAUAUUGACUGGGCAUAUAAGACUGUUCCACAAAAAUAUGCUGCAACUAAUCUAAAAAAUAGGCAAAUAGUGUGGCCAAGCGGAAAAGGACUGGGAGGAUCAAGUUUGUUGAAUAGUGAAAUUGUGGUUCGAGGAAAUAAACAGAACUAUAAUGAUUGGGCUGCUCAAGGUGCAAAAGGCUGGAGCUAUAGCGAAGUGCUUCAUUAUUUCAAAAAGUUGGAAAAUGAAACAGAUCCAAUAUAUCUGGCAAAUGGAUACCAUGGUAAAGAUGGUCCAGUAACGAUAGAAACUAUCCCUUACAAUCCAAAACUGAAAAUGAAAGUACUCGAAGGUGUUGAAGAAAUGGGAUAUGAGAUACUUGAUUCCAAUGCUGCUCGACAAACAGGAUUUUACAUUUCUCAAGGAAAUCUGAGAAAUGGACAAAGAUGCAGUACAGCUAAAGCUUAUUUGGUACCGGCAGAAAAUCGACCAAAUUUGGACAUUCUGCCAAAUGCUUUUGUUCAUAAGGUCAACAUUAAAAACGGACAAGCUGUUGGAGUAACAUUCGAUGUGAAUGGAACAAUACAUAAAGUAGCAGCGAAAAAAGAAGUCAUAAUGUCUGCCGGAACUGUCAACUCGGCUCAGCUACUCAUGCUUUCAGGCAUUGGUCCAAAGGAGGAACUUAAGAAGCACGGCAUUCCCCUUGUGGCUGAUUUGCCUGUUGGAAAAAAUUUGCAAGACCAUUGCUCUGCUUUAAAUCUCUAUACACUGGAUUCUAGCAUCACACCUUUUCCAGAAUUGAUUUCCAAUAAUAGAAGCUUUCAACAAUAUAUAAAUAACAGAACAGGACCGCUCUCAUCCCUUGAAGGCCUCGUUGCCACUGCAUUUUUAAAUAAUGGUUAUAUACGUCCAAAAUUUGAUAAUCCAAACUAUCAGCUUUAUAUAACUGCAGCCGAUGCAAAAAGUUUAAAACAGCUUGGUCUUACGGAUGAAGCUUACAGACAAACCUACCAACCCUACGAAGGCAGAUCGGUUUAUCUUUGUGAUUCGGAAGUUCUACAACCAAAAAGCCGUGGUACGGUAACGUUACAGUCAGCAGAUCCCCAUAAACCUCCUUUAAUUGAUCCAAACUAUUUUGCUGUAUCGGAAGAUUUGGAGGAUAUAGUUGAAGGUAUAAAAACUUGUCAAAGGCUUUCCGAAACUCAAGCAAUGAAAUCUAUUGGAGCUAAGCCUCUUGACACUGUGUAUCCUGGCUGUGAGAAAUUUCAAAAAUAUAGUGAUGAUUAUUACCGUUGUCAUGCAAGAUCAGCACAACUAACACAAAGUCAUGAAGUGGGGACAGCAAAAAUGGGUCACCCAAAUGACCCAACGACAGUGGUUGAUCCAGAGUUAAGGGUAAAGGGAAUAAAGGGCUUGAGAGUUGUAGAUGCAUCAAUCAUGCCGAUUGUACCUUCAGGAAAUACUAACAUUCCAACUAUUAUGAUUGCCGAGAAAGCUUCUGAUAUAAUUAAAGGAAGUAUUCAUUGCCAAAACUAAACUUACUCCAAAACUUACGCCAAAACUAAACUUAUUUGUAUAAUUUAUUACUAAAUAUGAUGUGAUGGAAAUCAUUUCACACAAAUACCAACAGAUAUUACAUCAUCAAAGCAAUACAAAGUGAACGCUAUUAUAAAAUUGAUAUUUUGCAUUUUAAAUGUUUAAGUAGUAAUAAAAUAUUUUUAAAUCAA